GAGAAUUAUUGGUCUUGAUAUACCCAAACAAAGGUUCAACGUUAAUCACUUGCGUACAUUCAGUAUCGAGCGAUCUCGCGGACACGCGGUACACGGAAAUCUCAAUACGCGAAAUGACAGAACCGGUAAAAAUAAAAUUCUUCGAAAUAGUGCAAUGACAAUAUGAGUCAACCGAAGAAAGAUUCGGGUGAGGGGUCCAAAAGGCCUCCUGAUAGCCCGCAAAGUCCUUCGAGUAAAAAACUCAGAGACCGUGUUAGUUUUUUCGAAAAGGUGUGGACGGGCUCUGAAUCGGGAACUUUGAAGGAUGAAAGUGGUGUCGACGUGGAGGAAUUAGAAAGGAAACUGCAAGAAGAAAGGGCUAGAAACGCUGGAGGUACAUAUUUAGAACAAGUGACUUUAAGACAAAUUAAAUCUCCAAGACAUGUGGUGCAAAUGAAGGAAAUCGGCCCUGAUGGCAGCUAUAAGGAAACUUAUACUUCAACUACGGAAGAAGGUGAUUUAUCAACAGGCACAAAAUCUGUUAAAUUCGAGAAAAUAACUGUUAAAAAAACUGUCAGGCAUCUUAGCACAAGUACAUCAUCGACGUCAAUCCGUCACAUCACUUCCAGUAGAACUCCAUCCGAAGAAAAUAUAGAUUCUGCCUAUUUAACACAAAGUAAUGGGAAUUUAGUCUCAUUCUCAAAAACUUCCAGCGCAAGCUCCUUAAACGGAAAAUUUCCAUCGGAUGAAAGUUUUAAGAGUCCGAAGAAAACGGAAUCGCGGGAUGAGUGGGAUGGGGAUAGCAGUUGUUCUAAGGUGACUAGUAGUAGUUCGGAGUGGUAUACAGAUUACAAGUCUCAAUCGUUCAACAAAAGCGACGCUAAUAGGUUCGAGUUUGUAAGAAGCAAAUCGCAGUAUGAUGAGCAUAUCCAGCAUAUUAGAGAUGAACAAGAACGAGUGCAAAAGAAAACUUUCGUUAAUUGGAUUAAUUCUUAUUUAUCUAAGCGAGUUCCACCGCUUAAGAUAGAAGAUUUGAUCGAAGAUUUGAAAGACGGCACUAAACUACUUGCACUUCUAGAAGUUUUGUCAGGAGAGAGACUGCCUGUGGAGAGAGGUAGGAUUCUCAGAAGACCACAUUUCCUGAGUAAUGCUAAUACUGCCCUUCAAUUUUUAACAUCUAAGAGGAUUAAACUGGUAAACAUCAACGCAAGUGAUUUAGUAGAUGGGAGACCACCAGUUGUUCUAGGACUAAUAUGGACUAUAAUUUUGUACUUCCAGAUUGAAGAAAAUAGAAGACAACUCGAAUACUUAACUCAAUGGGGAAGCACCAGUAGUUUGGAGAGCGCUGGAACCACUUCAUCGAGAGACAAAUGGAAACAAGGAGCUAGAAAAACACUAUUGAACUGGGUUUCGAAUGCUUUGCCAACUGAUUCUGGCAUUGAAAUUCGUGAUUUUGGAGCAAGUUGGAGAGACGGAGUUGCCUUUUUGGCAAUUAUAGAUGCUAUUAAGAAGAAUUUGGUUAAUAUUGCCGAAAUGAAGAAAGCCACCAACAGAGCGAGACUAGAAACCGCUUUUGAUGUAGCUGAAACUGAGCUGGGUAUUUCAAAAUUACUAGAUCCUGAAGAUGUAGACGUACCCAAACCAGACGAAAAAUCGAUUAUGACAUAUGUUGCACAAUUUUUGCACAAAUAUCCAGAACCAAAAAGCACUGGUCCAGAUGCAAUAGCUGCAAUUCAAGAAGAAUAUAAUAAUUUACUUUCUUGGUUGAUGCAGAAAACCCAAACUUUGGAAAAUUUGGAAAACACUAAUUCUUUACCUCUCAAUUAUAAAGAAUAUUUAGAUUUUAAAUCUGAAGUAGACGAUAAAGAAAAAUUAUAUAGUAAGCUAAAAGCUUUGAUCGAAUCACAAAGCUCUGUAUCUAUUGCUAAAGAAAGCUGGCAACAAGUUGUACUAUUAUGGGAAAAAUUACAACAGCAACUAUUGAGAUGGUUGUGGUUAUUGGAUUCCAGAUUACCAGGUGAUUUUAAAUUCAUCGGUGAAUGGUUGGCGAAGGCCGAGAAACUGAUUUAUUGCGAUAAAAUUCCUACAGUGAUGAACGAAGAAACUGCUUUGAUAAUCAGUAGAAAGUUAGAAGAACAUAAAACCUUUUUUGUGGAUCUACCCACCAUUCAAGAAACAUUCAACAGAGCUUGCAAAAGUCCAUUAGCUAGAGAAGUGCCUUCCGAACAGUUGGAAAAUAUGACUGUUAGACUGAACGAAAUUGGACCUAAAGCAGCUCAACGCAGAGUUAGACUUAAAUUUCUAGAACACAAGUGUUGCCUUAUUGCAUUUUUACAACUUACUGAAUCAAAACUAAAAGUGUGGACAUCAAAAUACGGACGAGUGGACGAAGUUACUCAAUUACUGGACCAAUAUCGCAAUUUCGUGUCAAAAAGUCAAAUCUUCGUUGAAUUCCAAAAGGCUUAUAUUGACAUGCAAGCAGUAAAUGAAGAAUAUAAACGAGAUGGAAAUAUAGAGAAAAAAGAAGUAUCUGAAAUUGAUCAAUUCAUGCGGGAGAUCGCCGAACGUUGGAAGAACGUUUCCAUGGAACUCAGAUGCGUUCAAAGUAUGUUAGAAGAAGUGGUGGCAUACUGGAGACGUUGGGAUACUUUAUCAGAAGAAUUUGAUAAAUGGUUAAGUGCUGCCGAGAAAGCGCUCAGCCUUCCCGAAGAAGAACAAAUGGAAUUUUUCCAAAACAUCAGCUUAUGGAGAGAUAAUUAUCAAUUAUUAAGCGAUACUGUAAGCUUCCUGAUAGCAACUUGCCAAGAUAAAAUAUCUUCGGACUUGAAAGACCGGUUCCAAGUCAUGACAGAACGAUGGGAAAAAAUUUACCCCCUGGUCAGCAAAUACAGCCACGCUGGUGAUAUUAUAAGAAGCAGAAAAGAUUUUCGCAGUGGAUUAGAAGCUCUAUCUACUUGGCUAAGAAAAGCGGAAAAUAUUCUUGGUGCUCCAAGUUUAGGAUCUAUGGAAAGAAUAAGACAGCAUACUAUAAAUCUACAACGUCUUCAAGGAGAAGUGGAAGAGAUCGAAAGCCUUUUUAAGAAUAUUAGCAAAGCGUUCCAAGGCUUGAUACAAGAUUUAUCAAGAGAAGAAGUAGAGAAAAUGAUGAAUACGUUAAAACAAGAAAAAGAAGCUUUGGUUAAAGUUAGAGCUCUGAUACCAUCUCAAAUUCAUCUCUUCAAUCAACUAUUGAUCCAACAAGAAUCUCUGGAAUCGGGUCAAAGAGAAAUUAAUAAGUGGUUGGAUGAGGCCGAGAAUCUUUUAAGUGGCUUAACGUUAGAUGGAGACAAAGAACAGCUAAAAGAACAAGUUGACAAAGUAAAACAAUUCUUCACAAGAACUCUAUAUUAUAAAUCAAUGUUGGAUAGUAAAAAUAAAGUUAUGAACAAUAUCAUUAAAUCGGUUGACCUAGCUAAUAACCCGGAUGUGACUAAUAUGACAGCUGAAAUGGAUCAAUUGAACGAUAGAUUUGAAUACGUUACGCAAAACGCCCAAAUUUGGGAACAUAAACUACAAGAAGCCAUCAGAUGCUGGCAUAAUUUUACAGAAUGCGAAAGAGUAAUUUCCAGUUGGUUGAAUCAAGCAGAAAAAUUAACUAUGGAAAAAAGAAUCGAUAGUAAGGAGACUGUUGAACAGCAUAAAAAUUUCUUCCAAUCAGUUAAUGAAAGAUGGAUUCACGAUUUAAUCCAAAGUGCACAAGAUUUAUGUAACUGUCUUCCUAAAGAACAACAUACACCAAUUUUAUCUUCAGUUGACUACCUACAGAAUAAAUGGAAGGAAGUAUUGUCAUUUGCACCUCUCCAUCUUAUGAAACUGGAGUUCAGAUUAGACGAAACAACAUUCAACUACUAUGUUAGAGAAAUUGAGAAAGAAAUCACGAACCAAAAGAUUAUGUUUAGUCGUCAAGAAAACGUUGAAACUAUUAUUAAAAGAAAUAAUGAAUUCUUCUCUUCGAAAGGUCCUUUAUCCGAAACAAAGAAAAGCUUAGAAAACUUGAUCAAAAUAUCGAAUAUAUACACAGCAAAUCACACUCACGAUCAAUCUUUGAAACAAUCCGUUGAGAAAGCUGAACAACACUGGCACAAUAUUAACAUCAAAAUUGAGAAUUUGAAGCAACAGUUAGAUCAAGUUCCAGAAAAAUGGCAAGCUUACCAUACGAAAUUUGAUGAAAUGUCCAAGUGGAUGGAUAGUGUUGAUGACACUUUGAAGAAUAUUUUGAACGAUGUUAGCUCAAUGGAGGAGUUUGAAAAAGAGAGAACCAUUUUUCAGAAUGUUUGUAAAGAAGCUGAUUUAAAGCGUGAAGAUAUGAAAUGGCUGGUCCAAACUCUUGAUUCCUUAACCUCUCACUGUCACGAAGAACAAGCCGUGUCGGAGCAAAAAGCUUUGGAAGCCUUGAUAAUUCGCUAUAAAAAUUUGAUACCUUCUUUAGAAAUAACAAUGGUUAAAACGGACACUUUGUCCAAAUGCUACAUCUACAGAAAAGAAGUGAAAGAAAUUUGUCAGCUACUGAAACAAGUUCGUGAACAAUCGAAAAAGCAAAGAGAACCGGAAUCGUUCGAAGUAGUCGAUCAAAAUAUAAAGAAACAAGAAAUUGCUAUAUCACAUUUAGAUCAACGAAGACCUACUAUUAUGUCGUUAUUACAAAAAGGAAAAGAGCUCACUAAAGAUGAACAUGCUCCUAGCUUUAUGCAACAAGAAGUUAAAACACUUGAAACUGGUUGGACUACUACUUAUGACGAAACAGUAGAUACACUUCAUAAACUUAUUGACACCCAAAACGUAUGGACCAAUUAUUCUGAACAAAAACAAGAGAUAACUCAGCUUUUAGAAAAAACCCAAAAUGAACUCCAGAAUCUAGCCGCUCCAACUACAGUCCCUUCGGAAAUUAUAAAGAAACAAGAAAUGAUAGCGAACUUGCGAGAAGCUAAAGAAGAUACGAUAACUAAACUUACAUAUUUGAGUGAACAUCUUAGUAAACAAGUUCCUAAUCAAAAAUCAGAACUCGACAAGGAAGUUGAACAAAUCCAGCAACAACUUAAUGAUACUUUGAAUCACGUACAGGAAAAUGUUACACUUUUAGAACAAUACAAUACUAAAAUCAAUACAAUCAGUAACCAAUUAAGUCAGGUUCAGAGCUGGACAGUUCACGAAGCUCCACAGUUACUUACUUCCAUAGACAUUUACUCUGUAACACCUAGAGAUAAAGUAGAGAAGAUUGAGAUGCUACAGAAAGAAGUGGAAUCUAAAAAGAAAAUCUUGCACAAACUGAACGAACAAGCACAACAGUUGAUGAUUAAUGAGACACCUGAAGCUAAUAGGUUGAAAGCACAUAUUGCAGAAAUUCAAGAGAAAGUGAACGUGCUUAAUGAAAACGUAAGAAGCCAAUCAGCUGUUGUUUCCGACGAUUUGAAAAAUUGGGAAGCAUAUCAAGCUAGUUUAGAAGAAAUAAUACCUUGGAUUGAAAAUUCUGAAGCUACUUUACAAUUGGGAUUACAAAAACCAGGUAGUUUGGAAGAAGCCGUUGAGGUACAUAAACAAACCAAGCUGUUUCAUGAAGAAGUAAAUCAACAACUUCGAAAGCUACAAGAAGUUGCUGAAUUAACUCAGAAGAUUUCUAUACUGACACAUGCUCCAGAUGAAGUAGACUCAAUUCAAACGCGAGUGUCGGUAAUUCAAGAUACUGCUGCUCAUUGGGAUGAUAAAACUGAUAAACUCUUGCAAAAUUGGAUAGACUUUGAUAAAAAUAUGCAACAUUUAGAAAAUUGGAUUAUGCCAAGUGAAGAAGAAUUAUCUAAACCUACUAAUGUGAAAGUUCAAGAUAUUGAUACAUUAGAAAAGGAAUUAGCAAAACUGAAAGCUUUUAAUAAUGAAAUAUCUGAACAGCAAGCUAAAUUGAUAAAUUUAACACAAACUUCAGAUCUUCUGAGCUAUAAUAUUAGUCCCGAAGGUGCUACCUUGAUGAAAGACGAAGUACAAGAAUUAAAAAUGAAAGUUUCGAAUAUUGCUAAUAGCACCAGGGCUAAGAUAAAUGAAAUUUCUGACGCCAUAUUGACGAAACACGAUUUCGAAAAUAAAAUUGCGGAAUACACUAAUUGGAUGGAACAUAUGAAAGCCAAUAUAGCUCAAUUAGACGAAGUACCUGCUGAUAAAUUGGAUCAGACCAUUAUGAACAUCCAUACUUUAAUACAGGAAUAUUCCGAUAAACAACCCUCAUUUCAUACCAUAUACAGUGAAAUCAAAGAAGUAUCUCUGCAGUCACCUCAACAAGUAACUGAACCUUUAACUGAGGAAUUCUCCGCUUUAGUUCAACAAAACCAAUAUAUAGAACAAAAAUUACAAGAGAAGAAAUCCCAAUUACAAAAAUGGAGUGAAGUAUUGAAUUGGCAUAACGACACAACCAAUCAAUUAUCACAUAUAAAAUAUCAAGCUGAUGCGGAAAAACUAACUCCCGAAGAUUUGAAGAAACUUAUCACGGAAACGGAUAAUAUCCUUGAAAAACUUAUCACCUGGAAAGGAAUUGCACAAACUAUCGACAAAAGCAACGUCGUAAUAUUAGAUAAACAAACUAGUUUACCGAGAACAGCAGAUAGUGUGGUUAGAGAAAUUGAAGUCAAUACAAUAAAUUUAAAAGGACAGUUGGGAAAUAAAGUCGAUGCACUUCAAUCGUUAAUGGAACAACGCGAUAAAUUUUCCAAAUUAAAACAAGAAGCAAUUGCAGAUUUGGAUAAAACUAAAUCUCAGUUGGCUGUAAUAACGAAUCAAGUUAAGCAUACUAGCGAUCUUCCAAAAGCAGUUGAACAAUUGACCUUACUUCUAGAAGAUCAAGCUACAAAAGCUGCUAUUAAAAAGAAACUCCACAGCGAAGCAAUGCAGUUGAUGAAAAAAGAUAUACAAAACGUUUCAGUUAUUCAAAAUGAUGUAUCUGAAAUAGAACGUAGCUUUAAUAAAGUGAAUGAUGAUAUUAGAGAUGAAGAUUUGAGAUUAUCGGAUAUAAUAUUUGCCUGGAACGAUUUCCAAGAAGCGAAAGACAGAAUCGUAACUGAUAUUGGAAAAAUUGAUAAAAGCAUCGAAAAUAUAAGUGUACCAAAUGAUAUAGUACAAGCUAAUAUAAAUUUCGAGAAAACUAAGAAAGCUUUGGACGCCAUUAAAAAAUCUAAAAUUGCUUUAGAAAAAGCUGACUCGAAAGCUCAAACUGUUAUCAAAAAAUCGGAAAACAUUCCCGGAAUUGAAUCAGAAGUAAAAAGAGACUUGAAAAUAUUAAAUGAUGCAUGGGGAAAGAUAUAUGAAAGAAUUUUAGUAUCGGUGCAACAAACUGAAUCACAAAGCGCAAUUUGGAAGCAUAUCGAUGAAACUAAAACUACAUUACUGCAGUGGAUAAGUGAGCAAAAUAAUCAGAUGAUCAAAGCUGCAGAAAAGCCAAACGAGAGAGAAGUAGCUACCGCUAAAUUGAACAAAUACAGAGAAGAGCUACCAGCUCAAUUGAGACUUAACCAAACGAUACCACAAAAGUAUGCGCAACUUGUAAACACUACAAAUAAUAAAGAAAUUCCAACGCUGCAAUCUUUAGUUACUUUAUUAAACGAAGGAUUCACAACUUUAGAAGAAAACGCUAAUCAAUUAGAAGCUCUAACAUCAACUUUCAAUGAAAACGAAAAAGCAAUUAGAAAUAAUAUUAAAGAAAUAGGAAAUAAAGUGUCAGUUUUAAGAGAAAAUAUAGUGAAAUGUGAAGAUUUAUCAGGAGAUAACGCAAAAAUAUUAGAACGGCUGCUAAGGAUUAGAGAUCUAAAACAAGAAUUGCAAAAGUAUGAUAGCGAUGUUAAAAAUAUAGACCAAGAUAUACAAGCUAUGAAAACCAAUUAUCCCAAUUUCGAAAAUACACUUUCAAAAGAACAACAGACUCUGAAAAAACGAUACGACACAUCAGUUACUUACGCGGAUAAAAUCGAACAUGCGCUGUUAUCGUUUUUGAAAAAAUUCCAUAACGACAAAUACGGUGCCUUACAAAGAAUCAUUAAUACACACAAGGAAAAAAUCCAGUGGUGUUUACCAGAAGCUACUAGUGAUAAAUAUAAUUUACAGGUGAAACUUAAUGCGUUAGAACCGAUUCAAGCUGUACUGGAUGACUGUGAUAAACGUAAAGAAGAGCUACAGGAAUCUAUAAAAGUACUAGAAAAAAUCGAGAAUCCGGAUUCGGUGAAACUUCAGCAAGCUGAGCUGGAUCAUCUAUUAUUAGAUUUGGAAAACUUGAAUUCGAAUUAUAUACAAACAAAACACAUACUUGAAAAUAACAUCGCGUUACAUGAUCAAUACGAGAAAGUUUCUGAAAGUGUAAUUAACUGGUUGAAGGAUACUGAAAAUAGAGUGAAAAUCGAGAGUAGUCUACAAAUGGAUUUGAAAAAUAUCGAUACUAAAACUUCUGAAAUAACAGCAUUACACGAAGAUGUUAAAAAUUAUCAACCAGAAAUAGAAAAAUUGAUACCUCUAAGUGAAGAAUUAACCAAGGAGGUACCUGAAAGUCGUAUAGGACCGUUCGUACAACACCUGAAUAACAGAUAUCAAGCAAUAAACAAAUUUUUGACUCAUUAUAUUGAUAAAUUACACGAACUUGAUAAAUAUAAAACCACGUAUAAUAAUUGUAUACAAGAUGUAGAAAAUUGGUUGAUAAAAGCCGAAGAAAAAGUGAAUAAUUUCAGCAAAAGCGCUAGGAAACCAAACAAUACUAUUUUGGAAGAAUUGAAGAAUUUCGCUAAAGAAAAAGAAGUAGGUCAAAGUUUAUUAACUAGAGCAGUUGAACAUGGAGAAGCUCUGUUUCCGGGUAUAACACCUGAAAAUAGAGAUACUAUUAGAGCAGAGUUAAGAAGCUUGAGAGACAAAUCUGAAAUAUUGAUCGAUAAAGUGAACAAAAUAUAUAAGCAAGUAGAAACAACACUGAUGCAGAGACAUUCGUUCGAUGACAGUUUACAACAAGUCAAAUUAUGGAUAGAUGAUGCUGAAUUGAAGUUGGGAGAAGGUGGAAAACUUGAUGUAACUCUAUUGGACAAAAAACAAACUCUUCAUAACUACAAGAUCCUUUCUCAAGACGUCAAUCUCCACAAAACUAUUCUAAAACAAUUACAAGAUAAAAUUGGUAAUUUAUCUGAUUCUGAAGCUGAAUCUAAAUUAGAUGAAAAUGUUAAAAAAUAUAACAGUUUAGCUGAAGAAGUUGAAAAUAGAAUAGAAAAAUCAGAAGAAUACGUUUUAAGUCACGAGGCGUAUAAUCAAGCUAUAGAAAAAUGUCGUGAUUGGUUAAGUGCUUUAACUAACGAAGCUACUCUAUUAGUUGACGAAUCAUCAACUGAAAGUCCCGAAGCCAAAUUAGCGAUAGUAGAAAAUCUCUUAUCGCAAAAGGAAGAAGGUGAUAAGAUUAUUGCUUCCUGUAAACACCAAUUAGACAUUGUAUUGAAUCAAACAGCUCCUUCGGGACAACCUAUGCUGAUAAACAAUUUUGAUGAACAAGAAAAAUCGUGGCAGAAAUUCUUAGAUCUCUGCCAAGAAGCAAAAGAAAAAUUAAACGAAAUUCAAAGUCAAUACGCUGAAGUCUCUAAGAUAAUGGAUGAUUUGGAAGCUUGGUUGAAAUCUAAAGAAAAUUUUGUUAAAGAUCAGAGUUUAAAAAAUACAGAAGAGACCAAGAAAACACAUUUGGAAAAACUUAAGAUUUUAGAUAAAGAGAUUCAACAGAAAGAACCAGAUUUCAAUAAAUUCCUUGAAUUGAGCAAAUCCUUAGAGGUGGAUACAAGAAUUUCUCUUAUACCUACUAGAUAUCAGUCAUUAAGAAACGCCGUUAAAGAAAAUCGUAAUAAAUACGAAUCUUAUGUUUCGGAACAUCAUGAUUUCAAUGAAAAAUAUAAUGAUUUCUUGCAGUGGUUAACAACUAAGGAAAAUGACCUUCAAAACUUUUCUCAGAUUGUUGGAGACCUUAAUAUUCUUCAAACUAGACAAAAAGAUAUAAAAGAUUUAAUAGACGAAAGGAAUUGUAGAAUACCUGAAUUUGAAACUUUAAUAGAUAAAGGGGAGAAGUUGUAUGCACAUACUUCCCCAGAUGGCAGAGAAAUUAUUAGACAACAACUUAAAAAUAUUAGAACUAUUUGGGACGCUUUAACCGAGGAUUUACAAAGUGCUAGUAAUAAAUUAGAGCAAUGUUUGACCCAAUUUUCCGAUUUUACUGUAACCCAAGAACAACUAACAAAAUGGUUGAAAGAUGUUGAAAAAGCCAUGCACCAACAUACUGAACUAAAAUCUACUUUACAAGAAAAACGAGCCCAGUUGCAAAAUCAUCAAAUAAUGCAUCAAGAAAUCAAAUCACAUCAACAAUUAGUAGAGUCGGUUUGUGAAAAAGCGCAACAGCUGGUAGAUCAAACACAGGAUAAAUCUUUGAAUAUAUAUUUGCAAUCGAUUAAACAACUGUUUUUAAAUAUCGUAAGCAAAUCUGAUGAGUUACUCCGGAAUUUAGAAGAAUGCGUCGACAGACACAAUACCUACAAUCAAUUAACAAAUGAUUACAAAAAAUGGAUUGAAGAACAGAACGAGAGACUUGCAGAAUAUGCUGAUACUACUGGUGAAAAGAAUGACAUAAACAAACGAAUUGAAAAUAUCAUGAACAUUAAAAGAGAUAGUGAAACAAAAGGUCCACAACUAUUAGAAAGCCUCAAGCAAAACGUUAUUGUUGUUGCCAAAAGUACAGCAUCUAAAGGAGUGGAAAACUUAAAGAUAGAACUCGCCGGUAUGGAAGAUUCUCUUCAUAACCAUUUAGAUUCAAUAAAUAAUAGGUUAGAUAAUCAAAAAGAGGCGCUUAAACAAUGGGACGAAUUUGACAAAACAUUAGAAGCUUUGAAUCAGUGGAUCAAAGAUACGGAAGCUGAAUUCAGGGAUCAACCUCUUCAGGCUACGUUACACGAUAAAGAAAAUAAAUUGAGAAUUUUACAACAACAGAGAGAACAAAUUGCUGCUAAGGAAAAGGAGAUUGACGAUUUUGUUGAUAAAAGCCAUGCAUUAUUAAAAUGUACCGGUUCGCAAAGAAUCCAACCAAUUACUUCUCAAAUGAGUAACCGAUUCCAAAAUUUACAUACUUUGACUAAAGAUAUAAUCAACAGAUGGCAGAAUAUUGUCGACGAUCAUAUGAAAUACAAACAAAGAUUAGAAGAAACUUCGGCUUGGUUGGCGCCUCUAGAGAAACACAUUCAAGCUUUGAAAGAAGAUGAAACUACCGAUAGUGUUGAAGCUAAUAAUAGAUUACAGGUACUUCUUUCUGAAGCAGAGCAGGGAGAACACAAAUUGAACUCGUUAACUAUUUUGGGCGAAAGGCUUUUGCCUGACACGGCUACUGAAGGCAGAGAAAUAAUCAGAGGUGAAAUUAAGGAGAUCAGAGAUAGAUGGGAAUGCUUGUCAGAAGGGAUCAAACAACAGCAGAAGUUACAAGAAUCUCAAACUUUACAGUUGGCAAAUUAUCAAGAUUUGCUACAACAGGCUCUAGCGUGGUUAGACUCGAUUGAAAAACAAGUGAAGAUUGAGCCUAAUUCAUGGAUUUCCUUACAAGAAGUGAGAGGGAAACUACUGAAACACAAGACUUCUUUACAAGAGAUUUUAACUCAUAAGAGAUUUAUUGAAGGUGUGAUAGAAAAAGGUCAAUCUUUGGCGCAACUAACCAGCAGCAAACAAAAGAGAGACGAAAUAGAUGAAAAUGUAACUUCUAUAAACAAUCGUUACCAAAAUGUUCUCAAAACCGCACAGAAUAACAUCAAACAAUUGGAGGAUUGCAUGGACAUUUAUCAGCAAUUUUAUGAUCUCCACAAAGCUCAACAAGACGAACACAAACAAUUAUGGGAGAAGUUAAACUCCAAUUUGGAUUAUGGUGGUAAUAAACAGGUGUUGGAGAAAAGGUUGAGUUAUAUAAGAGAACUGCAAGAUAGUCUUCCAGAAAACAUGGCGAAACUUACGGACCUCGAAACUUACAUUCAACAAAAAGCAAUUAAUUUGCCUGCGCGUGCACAAGAAAACAUGCAACGAGAUGUCGAAAAUAUAAAAUUCGAACGACAAAAGUUCGUAACUACUCUAGCUGAUAUUAAAUCGGCUUUGGAAAAUAAGUUAAAGCAAUGGAAUGACUAUGAGCGUAACAUGGAUAGGUUAUUAGCAUGGCUGGCGGAUGCGGAGAUGUCACUGAAGAGCUACGCUUUGAAGAGUACUUUGGAAGAAAAACAAGAUCAAUUAGAUAAAUACCAAGAACUAUCUAUAGCGAUCGAGUCUCGAAAGAUAGAUAUGAAGGAAUUUGUAACAAUUACAGAUCAACUGGAACAAGCACUGGGCUUGACUCUUAGACAAAACGAAACAGAAUUUGAUAGACUUUCUGAUAACUCAGCCGAAUUAGCUCAAAGUAGUGGAGAUGCAAGAAUUGCAAAUAAUGUUCAACAGAUACUAUCCAGAUUCCAAUCGGUACAAGUGACUGGUAAAGAAAUACUCAAGAAAUGCGAGCAAGCAGUUACAGAUCACAAACUAUUUUCAGACAAAUAUAGACAAUGUGCUGAUUGGAUUUCAGUUACUAGAAAUCGGUAUGAGAGUUGUGCAAAUAGUAUUGAUAGCGCAAAUCGGCAAUCUCUAGAAAAUCAAGGAAAUAUAAUCGAGGAGCUUUUUGGACAACAAUCCAAUGCCACAUCUCUUCUUAAUAGCACGAUCGAAAUGGGCGAGAAAUUAUACCCUUCAACAUCGUUAGAAGGCAAAGAAAUUAUCAACAAACAACUUCAAGAACUGAAAGAUGCCAUGGACUCACUUUUCGAUGAAAUUGGCAAAACUGAUCGAAAUUUGAAAGCUAACAAAGUAAUAUGGUCUGGAUUUGAAGAAAGUUUAACCAAGGUUUCUAGUUGGUUAAAAGAAAAUGAAAAGCAGUUACCCCUAGAAGUAGAACUUAAAUCCACUUUAGAUGAAAAAAAAGUGCAAUUACAAAUAUAUAGAAAUUGUCUACACGAAAUAGCCUCACAUCAGCAAGACAUACUGGAUUUAAAAGACAAGGCUAAUAGUUUACCAGACCGUAAUGAACUUAUAGAUAGCCAAUUUAAAGCUUCAUCUGAUCAAUAUGAAAAAUUGUUAAAGAGAGCUCAGAACUUUGUGGAACAAUAUGAGAUAAUUGUUAGUAAUCACCAACAAUUUGUUAAAGCUCUCCAUCGAGCAGACGAAUGGAUUAGUACUACAAAUAGUAAUAUAUCUAAUUUGAGUGAUCUAGAUUUGGAUAGGACAAGUUUACAAUCUAAUUUAGAAAGGUUGAAGGUACUGAAAGCAUCAAUCCGUGAUGAAGAAUCUAGACUACUUACUAUUAAAGCUAUUGGCGAUAAAGUCAUUCUGGGUACCAUUGAUUAUGGUCAAGCUAAAAUCCGGUCUGAAAUACAAAAUUCUCAAAAAGAAUGGGCCGCUUUGGUAUCAAAUCUUGAUGUAGGUAUUCAACAACUGGAAAACAAAUUGCAGCUUUGGACUGAUUACGAGGCACUAAAAGAUAAAUGUCUCCUUUGGAUGCGAGAAACUGAUAACAAAUUACAUUCUGUCGAUCUUAAAUCUACAGCUGCAGAAAAGAAAACACAAUUGGAUGUCCUCAAAGAGCUACAAGGUGAAAUUAAAGCUAAAGAACUUGAAAUAGAUCAAGUAACUGAAAGAGCCCAGCAACUUAAUAAAGGUAUCAUGGGUAGACUCUCACAAAUAUCAGAAUUGGGUGUUAGGUACCAGCAAAUUUGUCAAAAGAUUAAAGAUUUAACCAACCGUUGGCAACAGCACGUUACUAAUCAUCAAGAUUUCGACUCUCAAGUUGAUCAGUUUUCUCAAUGGAUGGAUGAUAUUAAAGAAAAACUCACGUAUUGCUCUGAAUUUGCUGGAGUACCACAAAAGGAGCUUGAAGUAAAAUUACAAACCAUGCAAGAACUUGUUUUAAGGAAAGAAGAGGGUUCGUCUAAGUUACAAACUCUAGUGGAACUAGCUCAAACGGUGUUAGCUAAUACAGCUCCUCAAGGCCAUAACGAAAUAAAUGAAACUUUAGUUAAACUGCAAGAGGAAUGGUCUAAUCUAGCCACUUCCAUGGUUGAAUCUAAAGGUCAUCUCGAUGAUGCAUUAACAAAAUGGGCGGAAAUGGUUGAAGAAAUCAAAGCUCUGGUAAAAACUAUAGAAUUACUGGAAUCUCAAUACGAAGAACUGUCUGAACCACAAUCUACCCUUAGUGAAAAGAAAAACAUAUUGGCGAAAAUAAAAACAUUAGAAGAGAAGACGAGAGCUGAGAAGAUUGAUGUUGACAAUUUGAAAGCACACAUCGCAGAAGUUUUGCAGAAGAAAAAAGGUAGUGAAGCUACUGAAGAGGCUCAAGAAACAUUAAAAAGAUUCGACGCUAUAGCUGCAAAGAUAUUUAAACUAUCAUUGGAUAAAGAUGCACAAUACAAGGACCAUAAACUAUACAAAGAAGCUUAUGAUGAAGUUCAAAGAUGGAUGACAAGGGCUCAAGAAAAAGUACCUCAACUUCAGAGACCUCUGAGCGAAAAAUUAACAAUAGAUACUCUUGCUGCUCCAUUGGAUCAUUUAUUAAAUAAAAAAGCGCAGGGUGAAGUUUUGUUGGAAAAUUUGGAGCACACAGCUCAAGUUGUUUUACCAAAUACAAGUGAAAAAGGCCAAGAGUUGAUAAACAAUGACAUCAGAGCGCUAAGAGAAUCAUUCGAUAGAUUAUUCAAAGACUUAAAACAACAAAGAGAACAAUUAGAUGCAGUUUUAGCUAACUGGAGAGACUACAAAGAUGAAUACGAAAAAGUUUCAGAUUGGUUACAACAAAUUGCAAUUCUUAUCAAGAAUCAAAAAAUUGCACUUAUGUCUAACCUUCCAGAGAAGGAGAAACAAGUUAAAGAUGUUGAAGGUAUAUUACAAGAUCUCGUAAACGGAAAAGAACAAAUUGAAAAAUUAAAUAAAACUGCAAGCAUUCUAUUGAAAUCUCCAUUAGAAACCCACGUCAAUCACCAACUUCAACAACUUAAUUCGAGAUACCAAGUUGAGUUAAGUUUAGCAAAUGAUGUGCUCAAAAAAGUUGAAACUAAUUAUGGACAACAUAAGGAAUACGCUGAUAAUCUGGAAAAAACUAGAGCUUGGAUUGAUAACGCUCGCGAACUCAUAAGAAAUUGUUCGGAAGCCGUUUCACAUAGCAGCAGAGAAACGCUGCAGUCUCAUCUCAAUAAAAUCCAAGAUUUACUUCUAAGACGCGAGGAUGGACAAAACCUAGUUCACACAACUGUUAACUGCGGGGAAAAAGUUUUAAGAAAUACUAGAUCUGAUGGUAAAGAAGCUAUAAAUAAUGAAUUAAAAGAAAUACAAAACGAUUGGGAACGCAUUGUUAAAAAAUUGUCUACCACAAAAGUUAACCUUGAAACAGCUUUACUUCAAUGGGCAGAUUACGAUAGUUCAUACAGUCAAUUACAACAAUGGAUAACUGACCGAGAAGCUAAGCUACAACAAGUCACUGAACCUAAAAUUACAAAAUUAGAGAAGAAAGGACUUGGUAGUCUACCCAUUGGCGACAGAAAAGCUACUUUACGUGAAACUGGGAGCAUAUUACAAGAUAUUGUUUCAUUCGAACCUAUGAUCCAGUCUGUAGCUUCUAAAGCUGAAGAUUUAAAACAAGCCGCACCAGCGUCAGAAAUAUCAACUAAAUAUGAAACGUUGUCUAGACAAGCUCAAGAAUUAUACGACAAACAAAAAGAAGUAGUUGAAAAACAUGAGGCGUUUGUUGACGCUGUUAAUGACCUUCAUCAAUGGAUCCGCAAUGCCCGUGAACGUCUAGGAAAAUGUUCCGAACCAACUGGAGACAAAGAAAGCUUAGGAAGUAAGCUUUCACAACUUAAAGCACUUAAAAAUGAGGUUUCAGAAGGCCAACAAAAAUUGGAACUUGCUAUUGAUCUUGCAGAUAAAGCUAUUCCAUUCGCUGAUGAUAUGGAUAAAGAAAUUAUCGAAGAAGAAGUCGGUUUGCUGCAAGAAGAUUUCGAUAAUUACGUAGAAAAUUUGAAUCAUACAAAGAGUUUAUUAGAAGUUGGAAUUGUUAAGUGGACAGAAUAUGAAGAUCAAUAUAGAGAUGCUUUGGAAUGGUUAUCACAAACAGAAAAAAUGAUACAAUCUUUCAACAAACUUCAGGAUAGCUUAGAAGAAAAAAGAGCAGUGCUAGAACACUUCCAAUUACAACUACAGAAUCUGUUCGAUUGGCAAUCUGAAUUGGACCGAUUAAACAUGAAAGCUCAGAUCUUAUUGGAAACAUGUGCUGAUACCAGAGUAAGUAAUGCUAUAACGCAAAUAUCCACCAAAUAUAACGCGAUAUUAUCACUUGCUAAAGAAAUUAUGAGAAGAUUGGAAUUACAUUACCAAGAGCAUCAACAACAUAAUGCUCUUUGUCAAGAAUGUCAAGAUUGGAUGGAUAGAACAAGAGAUAAACUCAAUAGUUGCCUCGAAAUACCUGCAACCUUAAACGAAAUAAAUAAUAAAUUACAAGCAGUUAAAAGUAUCAGAGCAUCUCUCGAACAAGGUCAAAACAAGUUAAGAUACAUUCAAGAACUUAAAGAACGCGUUAUAAUGAAUACAGAACAAUCUGGCGUUGCUAAAAUUAAAGAAGAUACAGAAGUUCUUCGUUUGGAUAUGGAAAAACUUUUGAAUGAUGUACAAGAUGCUAGAUGCAAACUUCAAUCAAGAGCCAAUCAACUAGAAGAUAUUGAUAAGAUAUACAAACAACUAUUGGAAUGGCUCCAGGAACAAGAAAGUCAAGUCCAAUUAGAUGAUGGUUAUCUUAACGAAUUAGGAGAAAAGAAAGCGAAAUUAGAAAAACUUAGAGCUAUUCAAAAAGAAAUUGAUUCACACAAUGAUUUAGUGGAAAAACUUGAUAAUAAAUUACAAGAAGAUUCUACAUUUAUUACUAAAGAAUAUGAAAACGUGAUACAACGUUACCACAAAUUCAAAAACGAUAUACAAUCAAUAAUCUCGAAUUUACAAUAUGAAGUAGCGGAUCACGAGAAAUAUAAAGAUUGUUAUAAUUCUGUUUGUGAUUGGAUCAGGAAAGCACAAAUUGAAAUCCAAUCAUGUUCAGAUCUACAUCAAGAACUUGAUAAAAUCAUUGAGAAGGAGAGUAAAAUUUUAGAAAUAUCAAAUUCAUUAACGGAAUGCGACGAUUUAAUACAUAGAACUAUAGAGUAUAGUAUUUUGGUGAUGAAAACCACAGGAUGGGAAGGAAAUGAUAUAAUCAGAAAUGAAAUAGAUCAACUUAAUACUGAUUGGGAAGGCCUUCAAUUUAUAUGUGAAGAUACUAAAAAAUCAUUGAGAAACUGUAAAGAAGCAUGGGAAGAGUUUAAAAAUUCAUAUAAUUCUGCUAACGAUGCUAUAGAUACAAAUCAGAAACGUUUAGAUGAAAACUUGAACGUAGAAUAUAAUGAAACGAAUCUAGAAAAAUGUCGCAGUCUCUUGGAAGAUAUAACCGCUCUUAAACCACAAAUGGAAAAUCUCACAGACGUUUGUGAAACCCUGAUAGAAUACAGCGCUAUUAGUUGGGUGAGAGACAAGACUGUUCAACUUCAAUCUAAAUACAUAAACCUUCUCACGAAUAUUCAAAGCUUGGUAUCCAAAAUCGAAAAGAACUUAACAGAUCAAACAGAAUUUUUGAAUAUUAAAGCUGAGCUGGAAACAUGGUUACAAAACGCACAUAGUGCAGUACAAGAAUGCGUAGGUGUUUGUGAGGAAGCUAUUAUUAAAGAAAAACUGGGAGUGAUUUCUAAUAUUGCUGCUAAUAUGGGCGAAGGACAAGGAUUUUUAACAAAAUUACAAGAAGCUUUUGGUAAAGCCAUAAACGUAGCAACGAACGAAAAACAGGCAGAGCUUCGAGAUAAUAUGACAACAUUAAGAAACAGCUGGGAUCAAAUUAAUAUGGAUAUCAAAUCAAUUCAAGCUCAACUUAAAGCUAGUCUAGCUAGAUGGGAAGAAUUUAAUAAAAAUAUACAGAAAUUCGAAAUGUGGUUAAAUAACACAGAAAGUAAACUUCAAGAAAAAUGCUCUAGUAGAGGACAAGUUAGUGAGAUUAAAACACUAUUGGAGAGAUUCAAAAACCUCCAAACGGAAAUUCAAAAUAAAGAAACGGAUUUGGAUAGAUUGAAAUCUGAAGGUCAAGAUCUCAGCGCUUGGGUUAAACAACUUUCAGUUCUAGAGCCAUUACAACAACUCGAAUUGAGAUAUAAAAAAUUGUCUGAAUCUUGCAACGCUAUUAAGGAAUCUUUUGAAAACGAACUGGAAGAUUACAACAUUUAUCACCAAAAACUACAAGAAACUGAAAAAUGGUUACUUCAAGUAUCUUUCCAACUGAUGGCUCACAAUUCUUUAUAUAUCAGUAAUAGAGAACAGACAGAAGAACAAUUAGCCCAACACGAAACGCUUUUAGAAGAAAUACAAAAGUAUCAAGCGAUUUUGGACGACGUUAGAGGAAAAGGACAGGCUCAAAUGAUCAAAUACGAAAAAGAAGCACCUGAUGUAAAAGACACAAUAGAAAAACAAUUGAGUAACGUUCAAGACAGUUAUAACUCUUUACUACAAACCGCAAUUCAGAUCAAGAAUAGAUUAAACGAUUCUCUGGCUAAAUUUAAGGAGUACGAAGAUACAUUAGACAGCAUCAUGCAAAAUUUAGAUGAAUUUGAGCCAAUCAUAGCUCAAGAGAUCGAAAAACCAAUUGAGAAUUUAGCUGAUGCCAAAGCUCAACUAGAAACUGCUAAGACGCUCCACAACAAAUUGCAGAGUGAGAAAUCUCGACUGGCUGUAGCUGUACAAGCUUGUGAAGCUGCUACUGCUUCUAUCAGUCGUCCUAGCAGUCCAAGAGAUACACUGCCUCCUCCAGUACCCAUCAAAGAACUUGAGUGUAGAGCCAGACUAGAAGAUGUGAUCGAUCAAAUACAAGCUCAUCUCAGCGACUUGACAACAUCGGUCGCCGAGUUUGAAGAAAAAGAAAAACAACGAAACGAACUUAAAAACUGGAUAUUAUCCCAGAGAACAGUCGUUACUGAAUGGAAAAAUAAACCAGUCAAAUUAAGAGCCGAUGCAGCUAAGCAAGAAAUUAACAAUAUGCACGAUCUGCUAACAGCUAUUGACCAGCGCAGAAAUCUAUUAAUUUCCGAUUUAACAACAUCUGGAGACGAGAACGAUGAAUUGGAAAAGUUGUUGAACGAUUUAGAAAGAGAUCUAAUUGGUAUUAUAGCAGAAAAGCAAGCUAAUUUAGAAAUUAUCGACGAAUACAGACAAAACGUGCAAGUAAUGAAUAGUUGGUUCGAUAACUUAGGUAAACGUAUCGAAGCUAUCGACAAAGGUUCUGGAUUAAAUUGUGAACAGAAACAAGCUUCUAUAUUAGAAAUCAAAGCAGAAUUUGAUGACCAAGGUUCAAAAAGACUUGAAGAAAACAAUCGCUUAGCUUCAUUAGUUACUGAUUUUGUAAACAAUCUAGACUCCCAGCAAAUAGAAGAGCAAUCUAAAGCUACAGAACGAAGAUACAAUGAGAUUGCUAAAAGACUACAGAGAAAACUACAAGUAUUAGAAAUGACUAAGAAAGGUAUAGAAGACACGAGAAACGAAAUCAACGCAGCAAGAGAUUGGGUGAAAGAGAAAGUAACCAGUUUACGUAAACCAGAACCACUCGGUUUUGAAAGCCGAAAAGCUGACGAUAGGAUAAAUGCUCUACAAGAUCUGUUAAAAGAAGCAGGAAAUAAACUAGUUCUUAAAGAAACUCUUCUCAAACGCAUCAAUAAUAUGAGUAAUGAACUAGAACCUACUGAGACAUCCCAAAUUGAAAAGAGUCUCAAAGAAUUAGAAAAUGAACAAGGUCAAUUAGUAGACAAGAUCAAAAGUGAAAUAGAUCGAGUAACAGCUGCAGCUAAUACAAGACGAAACCUUGAACAAAACCUAGAAAAAGCCAAGGCUUGGAUCAAAGCUAAAAGCGCAGAUUUAAGAAAACUUUCAGGUUACUUACCUCUUCAAGCUAACCAAGUGGAAAAAGAAAUCACACAACAUGUCGCACAUGAAGCGGAUAUUAAACAAUUUAACGAAGGAGACUUGAACGAUCUUCUCAAACUUGGCAACAGUGUAUUAAAAGAUUGUGAUGAAAAUGAUCGAGAACGAUUACAACAAAUACUUAAUGAAGUCAAAGAAGAGUUCGAUAAUCUCAAACAAGAAUCUGAACAAAAAAUUGGUGCUCUUCAUGAUUUACUUAAAGGUAGAAAACAAUUUGAAGGAUACAUAGAGGAAUGUGUGAACUGGUUAAAGGAAGCGGAAGUCGCUACUUCGUCUGAUAUUAGAGCCGCCAAUUUAGACGUACUAGAAGAACAGUUAGUUAAAUAUGAAAAACUAUACGACGAUGCCAAUAAAAUACAAAAUUCAAUAGAAAAAGUUAAUGAACAAGGAAAAGCUGUCCUACCUACAAUAUCAGAAUCUGACAAAAUAACGUUGAACGACACGUUAAACAGCCUCAAAAAUCGUCACAGAAAAGUUGCUGAUAUAAUCGAAGAUAGAAUGAUGGGAUUGAAACAAAAUAUUCAUCAACUUAAAGAGGCACAAAGAAUUUUAGAAGAUUGUGAACAGUUUCUACAAGACAUUCAAGCUCAACUUAAGGAUCUCAAUAAACCUCUCGGACCCAAAGUAGAAGAUGUCCAACAAGUAAUAUCAACUUAUGAUAGAAUUCUUAAAGAUCUCAAAGAUAACAGAACAAAGUUAAGUAAUGUUCCAGGGGCAAAUACAGCUGACCUACAAAAUUUGGUCAACUUGCAAGAUGAUUUAAUCAAAACAUGCGAAGAUCAAUUAUCAAAAUUACGUCAAUUACUACUACUACGUGAACAAUACUUAGCUUUAAUCACUGAAAUUAUGACAUUCAUCACUAAAUAUACUGAAAUAGUUAGAGACAUUGAAAAAUCUGGUGAUUCCAUCCACGAAAAAAUACAGAAGUACGAUGAUGUCAUUUCGAAAAUACAGGAAUGCGAAGCUCUUUUGGCGUCGGCUUCAGACAAAGGACAACAAAUUGCCGCAGAUGGUUCAGCUCAAGAUAAAAAUACUGUUACCGAACAACUCCAAUCGCUUAAGCAAGCUCUACAAAAUUUGAGAAGAGCCGUUGAAAAACAAAGACAAGAACAUGAAAAUACAGCAGCUGAACAUUUGAAAAUCGCUGCUGAGUUGGAAGAAGUUCUUGAUUGGCUACACGAUAACGAAAGUGCUGUUAGAUCCAGACCUUUGUUAGGUAGAGAUGUCGCCACUGUCGAUAAAGAAUUAAAGAAUCACUCAAAACUAGCAGAAAAAGUGAACGAUAAUUUGAAUAAAAUUAAAAGUAUACAAGAGGCUACCAAGAAUGACGAUAAUCUACCUGGUUCUAUUCAAGAACAACUACAAGAAGCCAAUUCCUUAUUAGUUUCAUUACCUAGAGAAUUAGAAGAGAGACAAAAAUAUUUGGAGAACAAUAAGGUGUUGCGAGAAGAGUACGUCGUUCAAAAGCAAAAAUUAUACGAUUGGGUGAAAGAAGCUGAAAUUCGUUUGGCGACACAUAAAGAUGGAGUCGAUUUCGAAAAUAUUGUUCAAGAAUUAGAAGAACACCGAAUAUUCUUCAACACUGGAAGUAAUAUUAGAGAACUAGUUAACCAGACUAUACAACAAGCUGCAGAUAAAAUUUACCCUAGUUUGACUUCUUACGAACAAGAGGAACUCAGCCGUGAGCAACAACAACACGUGCAGAUUUUGAAGAACACUUUGAAUUCGGCCAAAUCCCAAAAAGCUCAAUUAGAACAAGAUGCUGAAAUGUGGAAAGAUUAUUGUAAUACCUUAGAUCGAGUGAAAGCAGUUAUAUCGAGAACCAAAUUCAUCGACGAACCCGUGUCCACGCUUGCUGGUUUACAUUUCAAUAUUCAGAAGAUAUCACAUGCCUUGAAUGACGUACAGAACCAGCAACUGGAACUCGACCUUCUGCAACAACGUGUCAACGAAAUUAUACAACAAGCUGACCAGAAGAAUAGGCAGAAUAUACAAUCUCAAAGUGAUCAAGUCAGUGAAGAAUGGACAUCGUUAGUAUCAGAUUUGGAGAAAAGAAGAGAUACUCUUACAGGAUUAGCUCAAAUGUGGGAAGUUUUUGAAGGCAGAUGGCAAAAUUUCGAAAGUUUGCUAAGCAGUGUUUCGGAAAAGGCCAAACAUCUCGAUUAUGUAGUUAGAAGUAAAGAACAUCUUGUGCAAACAAAUAAAAGCUUGAAGGAGCUCCAAUCCGAAGCAGAAGGUAUAAGAUCAUUCCAAGAAGAAGUUAAGAAAUUAUCGAGUACUAUUUUGACGUAUCUGCAGGAAAGCUCACCACCUUCAGCGAAUGCCCUUUCCACCAAAUUGGAUCAACUGGAUGAGACGUACGAAAGGCUUUUAACUGAUUUAAAAGUAAAACGUGAAAAUAUUGAAGAAGACUUAAAGGAAAUAGAGAAGGUAUUGAGAGACAUAAAGAACUAUAAAACUAGUCUAACUAACCUUAAACAAGAAGUAGAGAAAUUCUACGUUUUUGACGCCAACAUCGAAAAAACUCAGGAAGACUUAACCCAACUUCAAACUAAAGUUAAUAGCGAAAUCGAAGAUACUAAAGACUUUUCUAGUAAUAUUAUUAAAAAAUAUACAAACUUACAAAACUUAGUACCUUCCGACGUAGCACAAGAACUGAAUCAAUUAGAGUUACUAGCAGAGUCUAUAUCCAACGCAAUGGAAGAAAAAGAUAGAGAAUUCAAAAAAGCUAGAACCACAAGAACUGAUUUUAACAAUGACGUUGAUGAAAUACAAUCUUGGAUUAAAGAUGCCGAAUUGCAAAUUCAAGAUAGAUCCAUCGAACCUCAAAUUUUGCAUGACAAUCUCCAAAGAAUUCAAUCUGACUUUAGUAGUACCAACGAUCGGUUAGACAAACUUACAAGAAAUGGAAGAUUGAUCAUUCAAAAGACUAGAGACAACGAAGAAAAAGAAAUAACCCAAUCUACUAUUAAUGCUUUGACUGAACAAUUAUCCCAAUUGAAAUCUUUGUUAGAUGAAAGAAAACAACAAGUUGGUGAAACUUUGGAUGCAUGGCAACGAUUCUUAACAUUAUACCAAGCUGUGAUGCAAUGGGUUGCCGAGAAAAAAGUAUUCCUCAAGGAUCAGUUAUAUCUGAGUACUCUAAUUGAAGCUAAACAAAAGUUACAUGAAUAUUCGAACGCCGCAAAGAGCUGCAAAAGCGCUACCAAAAAUUUGAGUGAUAUGGCUAAAGAACUAGAAAAUAUUGGUGACGUAACUAGUGUGGGAGACCUUCCACAAAAAAUGGAAGAAGCUGAAGAAGCUAAAGCCGAAGUUGAAGCGACCAUAUUAAAAAGGAACGGAUUGUUACAAGAAACCUCUGAAGAGUGGGAGCAAUGCGAGAAGAAGAUUAAAGACGUGAAAGGCUGGAUAGAAAAAACAAAAACCGCUCUCGAUUCUUCACAGAAUAAGAAAAAACCAUUAAGAGAUCAGCAUGGAUUAAGAGAAAAAAUGUUGGCCGACAUACAUAUCCAGAAAACAAAGAUUUCUUUAUCCGUUGAGAAAUUACAGGUUCAUUUCCGUUCUGGCAUAGAAAGCGACUCUAAAGUAACCGAGUCAGCUGAAGAUUUACUUGUCGAACUCGAUGAGCUCAACGAAGUAAUAAAAACUCAAAGUUCCGAAUUAGAAAUGGCUAUAUCACAAGUGGACAAUUACCAGCAAGAAGUACAACAAUUACGACAACAGAUAGUCCAAGUUGAACAACAACUGAGAACCACAAUGGCUCCCAAUUAUUUACCCCAUGAUAGAGACCAAGCUAUCCGCGACCAACAGGAAUUUGCUUUGGAAGUUCAACAGCUCCAAAAUACAUUAGAGGCAACUGAAUGCUCCGCAGCAGCCCUUCCACAAGAAAGCUACGACGAGAUGAUUGCUGCUCUAGAGACUGUUACAAGUAAUUUGAAAAAACAUGCAACUGAAGCAAUCAAACUUGAAGUUCAAGUUAAUUCUUUGACUGCAGACUACGAAACUCAGGCACUGUCUGCCCAAUUGGCUGGUAUACGUACAAGGAUUGCUACGUUAUUAUCUCAAGCGGAACACGGCAGACUUGUAAUUACGGACGCCCGAGAAACACAACAAAAGAAGAAAGAAGAAAUCGUUCUGUAUCAAGAAUUAUUAACAGAAAUACAAAGUUGGCUUGAAACUACAAGAAUCAGAAUCGAAACUUAUUUAAUAAAACCAGAGAGUGAAUCUCAAGCUGAGGAACAUAUAGAUAACCUCGAAGUUUUAAGAAAGGAACUUUUGAGCAAAGAAAACAAACUUGAGGAACUUAAAAAAGCUUGUGAAAAGUUCAAAAAUUACUCUGAUCUAGAAACUUUAGUGAAUACUUUAUUGGAAAGGCUUGAAAUAAUUACUACUAUAAUCGAAGAAACUAAAGUAAUUGUUAUUUGUAGAAUAGAAACAAUUAAAACAUUGCUUAAAGAUAUUAAGGAACGAAGAGACAAACCGCAAACCCCUGAUCUGUCGCUUGAAAAUACGUUGGACUCAACGUCAAUGCCAAUUGAAGAAAUUCCUGUUCAUGCUGAUGUAAAAACUGUAACUAAAGAUUUUCUAUAUAAAGAAAUAGUACAAAGACCCGUAGCUACUAUCGAAACUCAAACAGGAAGAAGCCUGUCAUCUCCUAUAGAAGAACCAUUAACAAAAGAUUUCACCGUAACUUAUAAUCAACCUGUCGACGUUCAAAUCCAGACAAUGUCGCAGUCGACAAGUGAAAUGGAACCGGUACAGACCAAAGAAACAAUAACGAUAUCAAAGGAAACAUCAGGAGGUCAAGAAACGAUUCGAAUUGCUACUAAACCUAUCACAGAACAUCAACCUAUAGUAGAAGAACCAGACAAUCUUCUGGUGGAAGCAGAUUAUAGAAAGAGACCGGAAUCCGAAACAAGAACGACAGAACUGAACAUAACCAAUGUUGCACCUAAUCAAGCAUUUGAAACUGUAUUUGUAGAACCAGAUGAAACAACUACAGAAGUAAUAGUAGACGCUGAUGGUACGAAGAGAAUAAUAAUGAAAAAAUUGCAUAGAACUGUUGUCAGACACCAACAAUCCUCUCAAAAUCAACAAUUCUCCACUUUAAAUACGCUAACGGAAAGCGGUAUUCCCGUUUCCCAAUCAUUCUCUCAAAUAACUCUCACUGGUCAACAAAGCUCCACAUCUAUAGCUAAAGGUGACAAUAGUAGAGCUACUGUCACUAGCCAGAAAUAUGGAGGAAAAGUUGUAUCGGGAGCACUUGGAGGAGAAGUUGAUAUUCAAGAAUAUGAAACGGAACCGGAGACGCAUUACAGUUUUACUGGACCUACUACAAAACCCGAAAAAGUAGAACUACAAGGAAUGAAACUACAUGAAGGAGAUGUCACUUUCAUCAGUAAUGACAAUAACCUAUUAAUACCAACCGAGACCCCACAAGUUGUUUUCGAUGGUAAUGAAAUACAUACUUCCAGCUCUAGUGUAAGGGCUGUUGUACAACAAGUUACUAGAAGAAUAAUCAGAAAGACACGAAGAAUUAUACGGCGAACAGUGAUUAUAGACGGAAAAGAACAUGUACAAGAAGAAGUCAUUGAGGAACCUGAAGAAAUAGAGGUAACAGAAGAAGGAAUACCAAGAGUAAGCAUCAAUGUAGUUAGAACCGAAAAUGGCCAUGUUGUAACAAAUCAACAGUUUGGAGAGCAACCCAUAGUCGAAGAACCAGAUGUUACUGUAACAGAAAAAGUUACCACAGUAAAGAUAGAUGCACAUGGAAAUCCACUAACAACUUUGCCAGAAGAUGUAACUGUCAUUUCCAAACCAGUGACGGAAGAAGGUGUUACAAUAACUGAAGUAGUACAACAUACAUCAGAAGAAUCGAGUUCCAAAAAACCUGAAGAAUCAUAUACGUUUAUACCCCAAAGUGAUGUAGCAGAAAAGGCUUCUUCAAUUAUGUUGGAAACUCCAGAAGAACCUGAAGAGAGGUAUGUGAUAGACCAAAGCACUGCACUUCAGCCUGAAACUGCACCACAAAUCACUGAAUUUGUUAUAUCCUCUCCAGAAAAAUUCUAUGCUUCAACGAACGAUUUCUUAGAUAAUGAAAGGCAUGUUCAUAGUGAUUUGGAACGUAGAACAAUUGAUAUAGCACUUAGUGUCGAUGCAAUACACCAGCCAGACAACAAAGAGACUCUUAUUGAAGAGUCAGUGAAACCUCUAUCAAUUAAAGAUGAUAUUUCCAUUUCUAUAGACGAACCUCAACUAACCAAACAAAUUGAAAGUCCAAUAACAGAAAAGUCGGAAAUAACUGCAUAUCCUGUUAGUCACCACACAAGUGCAGUUAUACAAGAACUAGAAAAUAUCACGAGAACUAUUGAAACAGCGUGCCCAGACCAAAGAAGGAUCACUAUAACCACUGAUAGGAGCACUGAUUUACAGUCAACCGAACCAGUAUCUGAGCUAAAAACUGAACUUGAAAACUCUAUUGAAAAUCAGAUAGACAUCACAGUUAAAACGGCUGAAAUUGACACUGAAGAUUCCAAAUCUUUAGAAAGUCAUAAAGAUAUUGUUACUUCAAUAACUGAACAGUUACCAAUAGUACCUGAUACAAAAAUAGAUGAACAUAGUGCUAUUGCCAUCACUGAAAUUAUUUCUCCUAAAUCUGCAACUGAAGAUAUUGGGGUUACCAAAGUAACUAUUAAAGAGUUAUCUGUUCCAUCUGAAAAAGAAAUCAUUGAAGUUAAUUUACGUACCCCAAGUGCGCCUCCAUAUGAAGAAUGUUUGGACUCAAGAUUACUCGAAAGUCAUAUCUCAAAUCAAUUUAUCUUAGCGGAACAGCAGCAUCAUUUACCAGACACCAUAGUAAAAGAAGAAGUCAAGAAAUCUCCACAAUCGAAAAAGAAGAGAGAAUUUGCAAAAACGAAAAAAGCUAUGGGUACUCCUAGAACUCAAAGUCCUGUAUUACCCGAAGAUGAAAUCACUGUAAUCGAUGUAGAUAAAUCCGAAGGGGAAUCUUCUGAACCUUUACCUGAAGUAGCUGUGAUAAGUAAAUCUAUCGAUAUCACCGAGAAAAUUGAAGGAAUAGUCGAAGAAGAGAUGCCCAAAUUUGACAAAAUUAAAAUACAAGAAACUGAAACCAUGACUUCUACAAUUAAAGAGAGCCCUGGUAAUGCUGAAAUCAAUUUAUCACUCGAAGAAAUAAAACCUGAAAUUACCAUAGUAGAAAUGCCACAGGAAGUUUCGUCAGAAGUCGCCAAAGCAAUAAAUUGUAACGCAAAGUUUAUCGAAGUAGAAAAACAAUUUAGCCUAGAAAAUUCUAUACGCAAAGAAAAAGAACCAAUCAUCACCACUGAAUUAGAAUCACACGAAAUUGUAUCAAGUAAGGAAGCUCCAGAAUUGUUAACUGCACCUGAAAAGGAAUUGACAGUCGAAACAACAGUUAUCGAAUCGGCAGGAUCAGGUGAUCUAGUAGAACCUAUUGCAAUUGUAGCAUCCAGUAAUCAGAAAUUACCCUCCAAAGAAGUAGACAUUAUUCUUUCUUUAGAAGAAAAAUAUGAGGAUACGUCUAUUACUACUCCUAAAGUAAGCCUAUCAAUGAGAAUUGAAGAAACUACUGACGCUACUGAGCCUUCCGACAUCCUUCAGAAAGAUGUCCAUGUUCAGUUACCAAAAAUGACAAUCGAAAAAACGGAAAUCGCUGAAGUUACUUCAACCGAACCGAAACUAGAACUGGAGCAAACUGAACCAUCACUUCCAAGCGAUAUUGAUCACGGAGGUAGAAAAAGUAAGAAGAAAAAGAAACAUAAAAAGAAUGGAACGCCGACUUCAGAAGAAGAAAAAUGUGAUACCUUAAUUGUUGCCAAAGAGGCGGUAGCAGUUGAAGAAGAAAUAGAACAAUUGAGUCAAGAUGUGGAUGAUGAAAAGCAACAGUCCGUUAUAACUUCUUUGGCAGAAUCUGUGGCAUUAUCGAUUCCAGAUGAUUCUAUCAAAUCAGAAGAGAGUCCAAAACCAACACAAGACAUAUUUGGCUCGGUUAGUGGAUCAGAAGAUAGUUGUAAAGGUAAAGAAACUGGUUAUGAAGCAGAUAAAACUCUCGAAGAAAGUCUAGCUGACGAAGACGAACAAGAAAAGAAAAAGCGUCGAAAGAAAAAGAAGAAGCAGAAAAUUAAAACCAAAGAAUCCGAAGAAUCUAAUGUUCCUAUAUCAAUACAUGAAUCUUAUACUGAUAAUUCAAUACAAUUCAGUGAUGACGAACCAGUUAAAAAAGUUGAUAAUAAAAAUGAAUCGGAACAGCCAAAGAAGACAAAAAAACGGAAAAAAAAUAAAAGGAAACAUGAAGAAGAAAGUGAACCAGAGUUAGUAUCCGAAGAACCAAUAAAAUUCGAAGCACGAGAUGAGAUAAUAUCACAAGACGACUCUUAUCAUACAAUAUCUACUCUUACAGAUCCUGGCACUGUUAAAGUUGUUGAAGAAAGUGUAAUAAGUAGACCUGCUAGUAAAUCACCAAUUGAAAUAAGUUCUAAAAUAGUAACAACUGUUCCAGUUGUUGAGGCUAUCAUUACUCAAGAAACUGUAUCUCAAACAUCUCCAAUAGAUGUAAAUGCUGAAUUUCUUAAUGUUGAACGCGAAAUGGCCGAUGUCACUAUUACGAAAUCCGCAACGGAGCAAAUUUCAGUACAAACUUCUCCUGAAAUCCCGAAGGAAAUUAGUGAUAGCUAUGCUCAAACUAGUAUUGAAGAAAACAAAAUUGGAAUCAAACCUGAUAUUAAAGAAGAUUCUACACAAGUUGAUAUAACAACAAUUGAAACAAUUACCCAAACCUCACCAAAAACUCAGUCGCCCGACGAAAAAUUUGCGACAGAAAUAACUGAAAUAUCAACACAAACUAUUACACCUGAAAAAAUAGAAAUAACUGAAGAAUUUGUUCAAACUGAUACUCCCGUACCAAUAGAACAAACUUUUUUAACUGAAUUAAUUGACAAGAGUGAUUCAGCUAUGCAAACAAAUGUAGAAAAUCGCGAAGAAUCCGCCCAAACUAAAUCACCCGAACCAAUUUUAUCGACAGAGACUGCUACUCAAAUACAACCAGAAAUAAGUGACUUUGGUCUACAGACAUGUCCAGAAUUACCACAUGAAUGUGUCGAGCAUAUUGAACUUACUGAAUCUUGCAUACAAACUUCAUUAGAACCAUCUGCUCCACAAAUAGUUCAGCCUAAACUAACUGAAUUCGGUAUUCAAACGUCUCCUGAGUCGUCUGCAGAAUCUACUUCGUAUAAACCAAUAACUACAAUACAAACUACAGAAACUAUGUCUCAAACAAGUCCAAUAUUGAAUCAAGAAAGAGAUGAAAUAAUUACAUCAAGCCUUACACCCACGACAAGUACUUCCGAACAAUACGAAAUUCAUGUUAAGGCUUCAGUUAUUGUUCCAUCAGAAAAUUCAGAAUCAGCUGAUGAAAUUAUCGAACAUAAGGUUUUAACUAUUGAACCAGCAGUUAGCGAAGAGAAAAUACAACAAGACAUAAAAAGCUCGAGUUCUAUUUCAUCUGAUAUGGUACAAGCUAAACAAUCAUCGGAAUCUGAAGGGGAAAUUGACGUUCAAAUCAAUAUUGACGGAAAACCAAUAGAUCAACAUUCUAUAAUAACAACAUUCUUAGAUUCCGAAAGAAAUAAAGAUUCCUCUGAGAAGAGACAUAGAAAGACUCAUAAAAACUCCAAAACGAAACGUCAGGAAAAAAGGACUGGUAUUGAGAAAGAUUUAUUCUCUGAAUUUAAACGACAAAAUACUGUAGAAGGAAGUUUAGCACCUAUAUCUUAUGCAGAUGUUACUAGAAGAUCAAGAACUCCUUCGCCUGUACGAGGAGAAACUAUAGUUACAAAAACUGUUGAUAAACAAGAAGAAUCAGUUGAUGAAACUCAACUUGCUUACUCUCAAUCUAUAGCAACGGGUGUUGUCACUGAAAUAUCCACGAAUUUGGAUAAGGAUAAAGAAAAUAUUAUACCGACUACACCUAAAAAAUCAACAACGUCCGACUUAACAUUACAACAGACAUCAGCUCAUAAAGUUAUUGAGAAGAACGUUGUAGCUAAUGAACCCAUAAAUGUGGAAGAGAAGAUCCAAGAACAAGGUAUCGAUAGUCCAAGUAUUAUUUCUCCCAAUAUUGUAGAUGUAAAACAAUCAUCGGGAUCUGAUGACGAAUAUAAAGUUGAAGUUGAUGUAUAUGGAAUAGACAAACAAUCUGUAAUAACUUCAUUUUUAGAUUCUGAGAGAGAUGCAGAUUCUUCUGGAAAGAGACACCGAAAGAACCGUAAACAAUUCAAAACUCAAGAAAAAAUUACUGGCAUUGAGAAAGAUUUGUUUUCCGAAUUCAAACGACAAAAUACUGUAGAAGAAUCUCUAGCACCUAUAUCAUAUGCAGAUGUUACUAGAAGAUCUAGAACUCCUUCCCCCGUAAGGGAUACAGAAAUUAGAGGUACACAGGAAACAAUACAUGAAACUGAGACUAAGCCAAAAUCAGUAGCAACAGAGGUUGUUUCAAGAGUGUUUACAGAUUUAGAUCAGACUCAUGUCAAAAGUAAAUAUACUAGACCUAAAGAAUCAACAUCGUCUGACUUAACACAACAGACAAGUGUUGAUAUGAAUUUAAGUGUUCCUCAGGUAUCGGAAUCACCAUCUACAGUUGAAAUUAUAACAAAAGACACAUAUACUGUCAAAUCUCAUAUCGACGUUCCCCAGCAUGUUGCAUCCUUUACUGUCGAUUCUAUUCAAACUGAACUUAAAGAAAAAGAACUUCCUUUAGAACAUGAAGAACCUUUAGAUACUACAAUAUUAGUUAAAUCGAACGUUGUAGCAUCUUCACCAAGUGUAUCAGCAACAAUCGAAUUUAUAGAAUUUGAAAAAGGUAAUACUUUUAAAGAUGACGGUACAAUUUUGAUUAAUGAUAAACCCGUACCCCUAUCACAUGAACAAGAAGUAGAAACAAUUGAAAAAACUGGAGAUACCGAUCAAGAAAAUAUCUCAACUGAUCAAGAAGUUAAAAAUCAAAUCGUUGAAGAGAUGCCUUCUUCUGACGAUAAUAAUAUUGCAACUGUUGAUGAAAUCUAUCAAGAAAAACUGAAAAAGAAACCAAUUGCUACUAAAACUAAAGAUAAAAUGAAAAAAGCGGUCACCAUAGAAGAAGUGCAAUCGUCGAUUAUUAUUGCAGACACUCCUUUAACACCAGCAUCUGAUUCAGGCCCAUUAUCCCCUCCAAAUUAUCCAAUUUCAACUUGGCAAAAACCUCAAGACGUAUCAGCAGCGCUGAUACAAGCUGAAAUCCAAUUGACCUCAGUUCCUUUAAACGAAUUAACAAUUAAAUGGAAUCAAACACAAGCAUUGGAAAGAGUAAAGAAUUUGCAGAAUGCUAAAAAGUCUACUCACCUCAGUAACGUACUUCACUUAGCUACUUUGAACGAAAUUAUCACCGAUGAAACGAUUCAACAACGAAAUGAUAACAUUCAGAAGAAUCUAAAUUUGUUACAAGAAGCUGUUGAAAGAAAAGACAUGGUAAUUAUUCAACAAACUGUAAUCACUACUGUAGAAACCAUAACAACCUGGUUGGAAACAAUCGAAUACAGAAUUUACGUUCAUAGACAACAGACAUUAGAAGGUCCCUCCGAAGCUAGAGUACAAGAAUUUAAUGAACUCAAACAAGAAAUAACCAAAAUAGAAAAUAAAGUAGAUCAACUUCAAUCAGUAAUACGACAAACCGAUGAUAUUUACAAUGAAGAUGAACGCCAAAGAAUAAAGAGUUACAUUGAAUCUCUUCAACAACAAGUUAAAGUUAUCGAGGAAGUUACUGAAGAGAAUGAACAAAUCGCUGCUGAAGAUUUGAAAAGAUGGAACGAUUUCGUGGAAGAAGUAACUAAUAUAAACCAACAAAUUAGAAAAUUACAAAGACAAUUGAGUGAAUUGAAAUAUUCUGAUGCGGCUCCACAGACAAAAUUAAAUGAAUUGGACAAAUUUGAAAACAGUAAUAGGACGUAUCUGAGUAAAAUAGUUCCUCUUAUGACAGAAGCUAAAGGAUUGAUGCGAGAUUUCCCUACUAAAGAAAUACCUAAGGAAGUACUUCUUAAUAAUGAAUUAGCCAAACAAAUUGAGCAACAAAUAGGUAUCGAAAGAGAAAAAACUUACCAAUUUUUAUCUUUAGCUGACGAAUACGAACAAACUCUCAAAGAAUUCAGUCAAAUUAUUAUCAUUGCUGAAGCUUUAGUUGAGAGUUCGAUAUCAGUUCGCAAUUUAGAACAUCUAGAAGACGAAAUGCAAAAUCAUCGCAAAUUUUUCGUUAAUUUGAGUCAUUGUAGAGCAAUUCUAGAAUCUUUGGAAGAGAAUUUAGAUUCCGAAACACGAGCAAUACAUUCAAAACUGCACCAAAACCUUUACGAAAGAGCUAGUGUAAUUUUAGAUAAAUCGACUGGUCGGUUUCAACAAAUGUCUUUAGCUGCGUCUAGAUGGACGGUCUUAGAACAAAGUACCAGAGACGAAUUGAGGUGGUUACAAGUAGCACAACAAAGAGUUCCUGAACUUAAUAACGUUACAUCUACAGAUUACGAACGAUACAUAGAUCUCCAUAACUCAUUGGCUGCUGAUAUAGAUUAUCAUCAUGCCAAACUCACCCACCUCAAUUGUGUAGCUCAAAAACUGCAAGAACUUGUUCAUUGUACAGAAUUAGAACAAGCUUACGUAGAAUCUCUAGAUAUAAUUCAGAAACUACAAGAAGAUGUUAAGAACAAUCUUGAACGGCUUUUGGCUUUUAAAGACAGUUGGAAAACUUACAACAUGCUUAGCGAUAAAGUCGAAUAUUGGCUAAAAGAAGCUGAAAUAGAACUGAAACAAAUAGAAGUACCUUCAGGUCCAAGAGGUCACUUAAGACGUUUUUGGGAACUUAAGGCACAACAUGAAGUUCACAAUUUAGCCAGAUUGAACGCAGGAAAUGCAUUAGACAAAUCUCUGCAAAUUGUACCCAUUAGCGAUGAAAUGUAUCAACGAGCUAAUAACUCAGAAUUAAACGCGCUAUGGCAGAAGGUGUCUAAAAAGAUUGCAGAGUUAGAAGCUUCCAUAUUAGAUACUAUAUCUGCUCCAGAUAUUCCUGUUAACGAAAAACUCGUAUUUUUAGAACAAGAACUCCAAGAUCUUAGUGUUGACGUAGACAAUCUUAAAGGUAUAAUAAAAACUGAAGACGAAUUAAGUCUAUACGUAGAAAGACUUCAAAUUAUGGCCGUGAGAAUCGAAACCAUACAAAACGAAUUGAGUAGAUUAGGCUUACUCUCCGCUAGCGAGUCAGAGAAAGUUGGCUAUCUCCUCUCCUUAUCCAAAAAACUAGAAGUAAUCAUAGCAGAAGAAUUAGAAGGUGGAACAUUAAUCAAAGAACGACUACAAGCUAUACAAAAGAGUAUUGAAAGAGUUAGGAAAAAACAUGCGGAUGUUAGUAAGGGGUUAGAUCUCUGCGAAAGUGCAGAAAAACUUGGAAGUGAGUCCGUUGAAAAAGCAGUUUCCGACUGCUACGAGAUUGGCGAAGAACUCGUCACUCUUUGGCAAGAUUUAAUGGCUAUCCGUCAACUUCUUCAUACUUUACCAACCAGACUAAAAGUCACCGUUUCACCACUCACCGUCGAAAGAGACAUCUCUAAACUACAAGAUGACCACACAGCUCUGGAAAAACGAUGUGGACAAAUCUUAGCGUUACUCCGAAGUCGGUUGGCAUUAUGGAAGCGCUUCGAAAGACAGUUGGAGUUAGUACAACAAAGUGUACAAGAAGCCGACUUUAUGGUUGAACUUCUGACUGUACAAGGAACUGUGGAUUAUGAAAGGCUGAGAAAAGCAACCGAAAGAUUAGAGAAUGUAUCAGGAGAUCUAGUUUCCCGCGAAAACCUAGUAUCAGAACUCAAAAAUUCCGCUAAACCAUUAUCAGAUAGCUGCUCACCGGAGGUCUCGGCGAAAAUCGAGGCGGCAGUUAAAGAAGCCGUGACAGCCUAUGAAACGACGUGUACAAACUUGAAAGAACUUUGUACCAAGUACCAUCAUGCUGCAGAUCUAUGGAAACAGUAUAAGGAAGCUUCAGAUUUAGUGAAAGAAUGGAUUGAGAAUCCAAUGGAGUCUAUUGAAAAUUUUGAGCCCGAAGAGGCUAUUGGAAAAGUUAAGGUUUGCGAAGAAACUUUAGCUGCCCAUACAAAGCGGUUAGUAAAACUUCAGGAUCUAGUAUCUGGUAUAGCAUCAGCUGUGGGAUUAGAUGCUAAUGCUCUAUUAGGUGGAGAAGUUGAAGCUCUGGGAAAGCGUCUCGAAGAUGUUAGAGAAUCGCUUACAACUCUCGCUGAUGUUGCUGAAUCGAAAGCAAAAAUUAAAAAAGACAACCAAAAAGAAAUUAAUGGAACCAAAAAUUACUUAGAUUCAGUACAAAAAAAUAUUUUUUCUCUUGAGAAUAGUGCGGAAGAUUCUGAUGGCGAAGAAAAAUUGUUAGUUUUAAGAGAUCAUCUAUUAGCGUUAAGCAAAGCUGAAGGUCAAAUACAAAAAUUGAAAGAUAAAACGAUAGAAGUGUCUACUACAAAAACUGAAACGUCGGUAAUAGAAAUCCUUGAGCUGUGGCAACAAGUCUUUAGAGAAACUUUCCAACAAUAUCAUCGUUUAAGUACUAGAUUGGUUAAGAACGAAGACAGUGCCGCCGUUCUAAAACUAUGGCAAGAAUAUUUAUUAAACGUACAACAAUUCCUUCAGGGCACAAUUCCUGGAGAUUACCAUAGUUUAUCGGAUCAUCAACAUCUUUGUCAGUUACAUCAAAAUCUUUUAACAACUCAACAGAAUGUUUUAAAGCCUGUUGAUAAAAACGAUCCUUUAGCUAGUGGUUUAGUAGAAUCUAGUGUAAUGAAACAAUUCAAUUCGCUCACGAAUCUACAUAAUGAAACCCUUUCUAGGAUCAUGGAUAGACAUACAGAAGUUCAAAAUCGUUUAGAUGCAUGGGAAAAAUAUAAAACAGACCAGAGUUGUUUAUUGAACUGGCUGAAGAAUAUAGAGAAGGAAAGGGAACGUAUGCAGUUGAGAUAUAUGCAUAUUAGACGUAUCCCCAAAUUAUUAACGAAAAUACAAAACCUUCUAGACAAGAUGUCGCAAGGUGAAGAACAAGCAGAUAAUUUGCAAAGACAACAAAAUCAGUUAUUACAAUUUUGUGAUGACGCUCUUGCUACGUCAAUAAGAAUGGAACAUGUCGCUAUUAAACAACGUCUUUCAAAUCUACAAGCGGGUCUAGAAACGUGGAAACAGUUCUUAGAAAGAAUAAAAAUAAUGGUCCAAAAUUACGAAGAUGGUAUACGAAACGUUCAAAAAGAAUUUGAUGAUAUUCAAGAGAUAAUUAACGAAACUGUUAUACAGCAACAUCUUUCUCAUUCUGCAGUAAGUAACAGAUUAGAUCUAUUGCGGAACACUAGGGAACGUGUCACAGUUUCCGAAAACCAGUUACAGAAAUUGAUACAAAUGCAAGAACAAUUAAAAGAGUGUCUAAGUCCAUCAGAUAUGAAGACAAUUAACCAAAAGAUGUGGUUAUUACGUCACCAACAUGACGAUUUGAAUCAUCAAUUGAUAAAUCUAUGCCUUUAUCUCGAAGAAAAAUUAGGCAUAAGAUCCCUGUUUGAAACCAGAUAUUCUAAAUUCCUCAUAUGGGUUAACGAAUUGGAAAAACGACUAAACCAAGACUACGACAUAAAUCAAACGCUUAUAGAACCGAAGGAAUUACUCAAAAAAUUAGAAACUGAACUAAAAGCUGAAAUGGCUCUUAAAGAAAGAGAAUACAAUUGGUUAAUUAAAACUGGAAAAGAUAUAUACGACUCAUGCGGAGAGGAAUAUGCAGAUGUUACAGCUAAACAAAUAAUUCAAGCCAGAACUAAAGAAAUCGCGGAACAAUGGGAAAGAUUAGAACAACUCGGAAAGAGCAGAUUUAAUAAAAUCAAUGAUUUAAUGCAAACUAUAUUCCAAUUAGAAGAACGAAUAGUCACAAUCAGAGCUUGGUUGAGUCAAGUAGAAGUACAACUAGCAAAACCAUUAGUAUUUGAAGGCUCCACGCAAGACAUUAUAGACAGAAAAAUACAAGAUCACGACAGAUUAAAAAAAUCCAUUGAAAACGAAAGUGGUGAUAUUGGAGAAGUACUUAACCUUUGCGAGCUAAUUCUAAACGAUCCAGAUAUUAACAAAGCCAAUUUCUCAACAGAGAAUAUCAGUAACGCUGUGAUUAACAUCGAAAAACGAUGGAAAAUCGUUUGUGGUCAGUCAGCUGAACGAAAACGUAAAAUAACUCUAAUAUGGAAAUUAUUACAAGAUGUUACCAAACUCAGUGAAAGAGAUGAGCGUUGGGUCGCAGACAAAGAAAAAUCUUUAAAUAAUUUAGAUAAACCUACAAGUCCUUUGGACAAAAAUGAACUUCAACAACUUAUAUAUAACGUAGAAACCGAAAUAAAAGACAUCGAAUCUCAUGAACCCGCGUUCCAAAUUCUCAGUCAAACUUAUUCGAAAUUAAACACAGCUCCUGGCAUAGAACCGAAAAACAUUCAAGAACUUACCGCUAGAACUAGGUUGAUUAUAGUUAGAUGGGAGAAUCUACUUCCUAAAGCUCGAGCUAUUUUAACACAAAUUCAAACAGAAUUAGCUCCUUUUAAAGAAUUUUCUAAAGCUCACGAAGAUGCUAUUGUUGGUCUGACUAGGUUAGAUGCUCAAGUUACGGAAUUACAACACCUGUUACCUCCUGAGAAAGUAUCUCCUCAGGAAAGACUGAAAAAACUUGAAGAAAUUGAAAAACAAUUAACAAUACAAACUCCUAAUUUAGAAAAUGCUGAUAAAUUAGGUUUACAAAUAAUGAAAAGGAGUAAAGGCAAAGAAAUCGAAAUAAUUCAAGAAAUGAUAGAUGAAUAUCAGAUACUUUGUAGAAAUCUUCACGAGAGAAUAACUUAUAUUAAAACAGAAAUAGAAACAGUCAUUUUGGCAAGUGGACCACAAGAAGUAGAUGAGAGUAUACAAGUAGAGACACUUAAAUUUGAAAAGGAUACCGCUGUGCAAGUUAAUACUUUACCUCCGCAAUUGCAGAGGAUGACGUCGAUAAGCGCUAAAGAUGCUUAUUUGGUAGAAUUAGAAGCUGCAUUGGAAGAAUGCAGAAAUAACCUAAAGCAACUAGAAGAAUACGUUUAUAAAGAAAUACCCAAACAAGGUUCGACUGAACUACCAAUUAGUAGCAAAAAAAUUGCCAAAAUAUCAGGACAAUGUUUAGCUAGUACUGAAUUAAUAAAACACCUCCAUGAUCUCCUCAUCGAUGAAUGCCAUGCCACAGAAGCAGAAGCAUGUUCUCAAGAAGUCGAGAAAUUUUUAGAAGAGUUUAAAAUUUUGCUGCUCAGAGCUAAAGAAAAGGAACAAAAAUUAAGAGAGCUUAGAACGGCUGCCUGCGAUGCUUAUAACCUUCUAUGCACACACGAGGCCGGUAGGAUUCUUUGCCCACUCUGUACAAAACGUAAUUGGGCGCAACUUGACAACGACCUGUGGAGAUUAGAAAAAUGGUUACAAGUAGCUGAAGGUACUCAAAAAGGUCAGAAAACUCCACCUGUGAACAUUGAAUACCUCGAAGAUGUCAUACAAGAUCAUCGAGAAUUCCUUUUGGAUCUGGAUAGUCACAAAAGUAUUGUCAGGUCAUUGAACAUUGUCGGUACUCAUUUAGCAGAUCACAGCGAAGAUACAAGCAAAGCUGAUGAAUUGCGAGUGAGACUAGAGACUGAUAAUAGGAGAUGGGAUUUGAUUUGCCAAAAUGCCGCCAAUUGGCAACUACAACUUCAGAGGGCUUUAAUGAAUAAUCAACAGUUCCAUAAUAUUAUAUCUGAGCUUUGUAUCUGGUUAGAGAAAAACGAAAAGAAAAUCCGCGCUUCGGAACCAGUAGAUCUUACGGCCGCUCAUGAAGUUAUAGAAGCGAAAUAUCAAAGCUUUCUAGAUCUUCGAUUAGAACUAGAAAGAUGUGAACCACGAGUUUUAAGCCUACAAGAAGCUGCUAAUCAAUUAUUCCGAGAAGAAGCACCCGAAGGCUCUAGUACUAUAUAUAGAAGAUUAACAGAACUCCGUUUGAAAUUACAAUCAUUAAUAAAACUUACAGGGGUUUACACAUUGAAGUUAGGUGCUGUACUAGGAAGAGAUCCAAACGUUAUUGGAUACUCAGCUUCUUCCGCUUCUCGAUCCGGGUUACCAUUGCAAUCUCUCAAUUACGAUCUUUUGGAGCAGCCCGGGCAAGAUCAACCAGAUGACACAUCACCUGACGCCGGCCUUUACAAUGGUUCUGAUGAUGAAUCUGAAAUCAACACUUCAGUAUUAAGACGAGGAUGUCGUUUCUUGGGUAGAGUGGUACGAGCUUCGGUACCAAUACAAGCAGUAAUGCUCCUGUUACUCGGUGCCGCAUCAUUAGUACCUUUUUCCGAAGAUGACUACUCUUGUUCUUUAGUAAACUCCAUUGCAAACAGUCUUACGCCUACCUUGAGGUAUAACGAUGGACCACCACCUAUAUAGACGUAGAUGACAAUUUGUUAUAUGCAGUGUCAGUAGUUUUGUUAACCGUCGAAUAGAGGUUCGUCUGUGAUAUAAUUGAAACACACUUUUGGAGUAUUCAAGAAGGAAAAUACAACUACUGACGAAACUGUGUUUUUGAUAAAUUCAUUCCAAUUAUUUUGAAGAUUUUGAUACAUAAACUUUAAGUUUGUGUUUGAAAAUCUCUACAAUUUUUGUAUAUUUUAUAUUGAACAUACAUAUAUAUGUGUAAAUAUGUGACUUAUCUCCGAUAUCGUCGAAAAUUAACACGAUUUUGUAUUAUCCUAUACAUAUGUAGGUUUAGUUUUUAUUUUUUAUCGUUAUCGAAUAAAAAUACCCGCUAUCUAUCUGUAUAUUGGGUAAAUAUGCACAAAACGUGUGAAAGGAAUUAAUAUAUUUUAUAUCGUUGUUCUUUUUAAAUUUUUAAUUGUUGGUUGUGAAAAUUAAAGGUUGUAAAUUGAAGGGGUGGAACACUUUAAUUUACAAGUCUCUUAAUUUUACUCUGUGAUUACCGUCUUGUUUUGUCUUAUUUUAAAAAGAAACUUAAUUUGUUCUCUCCACUUUUUGAGUUCUUUUCAAAAUACGAAAUACUCAGUGCAACUUUUCUCUCCAAACCUAUUUUGACAUAAUCAAGAUGGUGUAAAUUGCCUUACAAUUUGUUUUUUUAUUAUUAUUAUUAUAUUAUUCUAAUCGUUGCUUUUGCAUAAGUUCAUUUGACUACGUUGCUGUAUUUUUUUGUUAACUAAGCAAUGUAACAAGAUAGAAUUGCUUUCAUUUAUCUAUAUUGAUGCUUUAAAAUGUGUUUAGAAAAACAAAACAUAUAUUAAUAAAAGGAUUGUUUUCGCUAUAAAAUUGAUUGUGUUUAUUUCGCAUCUUAAUAUAUAAUAUAUCCACAAUGUUUUCAGUUAAAAAUAUAAUUUAAAAUAUUAUUAAUAUAUUUUUUAUUUAGAAUUACCAAACUCCUAUUUCCUAAUUUACAUUUUCCAUUCCUCAAUUUUCGUUCCGGCUUAAACAAUAAAAAGUUCUGAAAAGUUUUAAACUACAAAGUUUCAUUUCCUCCACAGUCCCCUUCAAAGUUAUAACAAUUAUACUAAAAUCCCAAAAUAUUUAUUUUGAAGAGAAAAGUUUCGAACAAAAAAUGAGGCUCAAAAAAUUCUUGUACCAAACGAUAUGAUCGUGUGUACCGCUGACCAUUCGUACCUUUUUAAUCACUGUGUGAUUACCAUUUAGGUAAUAAUAAAAAAUGUACAAUAAUUAAUAAGCAAAUUAGUCUAAAACGUGAUAUACUUUAUAAGAAUCACUUUUAAAUAAAAUUCAAACGGUUUGGUAAAUGCUGCGUGAAUCAAUCAAUUUCUUUCACUAAAAACGCAGCGCUUGUUUGAUGGUCCUAAAUUGGACAAACAGCAACUCAGAAAAAGCUGAACAAGUUUCAAAGGUUGAUCUAUCUGGCUAAGUCAACCUACCCCUCCUCAGCCUUAGAGGCUACUAAACCUGCCUCCU